AUGGCUCAGAUGGACUCGUCGGCCCCAGCUCCUGCUCCUGCUUCAGCACUUCCUCUAGUAUCGCCCAUCAUGGAGGAGAACGAACGCCCCGAUCUGGUGCGCGCCAUGGAUUCGUCAGGCACCGACGUGACGGAUGCGUCGGAAGACUACGAAACCGAGACGGACAACGACGUGACGGGCCCGGACGAUGUCGACGUCCAGAGAAUGCAUUUCCAGCCCGCCCAUGCAAUCGCCGACGGACAGAUGACGCCUGCCUCGCAGUUCGGUUGGAGUGUGUCGAGCCAUUCGCGCGCCCGGAAUGGCUCUGGUGGGACUAACGGUCCGUCCAACAUCAACACGGCCUUGAGUCCCGAGACAGCAUACCCAGCUCCGCCUCAGCUUCUAUCCACCCAUCCUGUACCGCCGCAACAAGCUCGUCCAGCACGCCCUCCGAAUGUGCGCCAGCCCUCUAAUGCCUACGCUCCCGCUCGCCGUCCUCACCAAUAUUCCUACAACAACACUGCUCAACGUGCAGCCCGUACCACUUCUACGAACCGGGUCCGCCGCAACCCGAACGCCGAAUACCGCGCUCAAGAGAAGGCAUACGUUCAGCGCCUGCGUCAGGACGCUCCACCCGACGACUUCUUCGUUGGCGAGCCGCGAACUCCCAGUCUCGAUUACAGCGAUGGCUCCGAGCCCGACGACGAGUCGCCUGCUGCUGGAGAGGUGCUGGAGCAUGAACACGAUGAAGAGACUCUACUAUACUACGGCAACGAAGAUAUGCAACCGUCAAUCGAGGAGCUGAAGAUACCGGAGAAUCGCGAACGCCUGGAAUGGCACUCUAUGUUGGCCAACGUCCUAACCGGAGAUGUCGUCAAGCAGGAAAAGAAACGUUUGAUCGGCGGUCAGGACCCUCAAAGCGACAGGUCAAUGAUCAUGGAGGUCUGGACUGGGGUAAGAGCAAAGGUCUGCGGUCGCUCCUUGGCUGCACAACGGCGUAUGAUCGAAGACGGACGCAGCAAGAUCAAGGCUGUCAUCGAAGAGAUUAUUGGUUUUGAAAUCAAGGGCGAGGCUGAGGCAGGCAAGAUACCACUCGAGCAAGUCCGAGAUGUCGUGCAAAAGAUCGAAAAGAUCGAAGGACUAUACCCUACGCGCAUGUCUUUCGUUCAGGCAAACCCGCGUGCCGCAUCAGACGCCUACAUCAACAGCUGUGAUGCUGUCAUGUCAUGGCACAACACAACGGAUCUUAUCAACACUCAACUCGGUAUCUUGCAGGCUUGGGUUGGAAACCAGGAGCUGUCGUUUGACAAGCCACGCCAACGCGGUCUUCAAGAUACUCACGGACACAUCAUUGACGAGAGUACCUUCAUUGACCGCAUCCUCAAGGAAGAUGGUCUUCGCUCGCUGUGGGACGAAGAAAAAGAGACCAAGGAAAACAAGCCCAACGGUCUUUUCCACGUCGUCAACACUGUCAUCGACAAGGCCAAGUCUACCCUCAUCUCCAAUGCCGAGUCUUUCGCGGAUCGUCACUUGCCUCCAUACAUUGAGGAGUUGUUGACUCUGAUCAACUUCCCUUCGCGUCUCGUCCAAGAGAUCAUCAAGGUCCGUAUAGGUUAUGCGAAGAAGAUGAAGGACCCUGCUCAACAGGGUGUCAUGAUGGCCGAGCAAAUGAUUUUGCAGUUCCAGAGUCUUCUCAAACUGGCCGUCAAAGUCAAAGAGGCAUAUCUCCUUGCUGCUCACCCCGAGCCUGGUUGGGAUCUGCCACCUUGCAUUGACGAAAACUUUGACCGUAUCGUUCUCGAAGCUGUCCGCUUCUACUUCCGCAUGCUGAACUGGAAAUUGAUGGCCAACAAGAACACGUUCAAGGAGGCUGAAAUUCUCGAACAGGAAUGGGGUUUCUGCAAUGAGUUGGGUAGGCACCUCGAAGGUGGUGAUGUUGAGGUUGCCGAGCAGUUCAGGUUUGUGCACAUACUGCUUUUCUCCUUCCAGUUCGUUACUGACCAUAAGAUANGUUCGUUGACAUCCAAGUCGCUCACCAGACUAACACUGCACUUCGAACGCGAGUUGCAGAAACGACCCGACGAAGUCGCUGGUGCCGAGAUGGACAAGAGAUAUAAGAACAUUCUUGACUCUGUCCGUGUGCGACAGCGUAAAAUCUUCCGUUUCUCCCGUUUGUUGAGCCAACGCUUUGAGAACUCUACCGAGUACAGUCUGAACAUGAACUCGGUGCACAUGCAAGACUUGAUCGAUGCACUUAUCGGUUCAGGUCACUUCCUCAUUGACACGGAUUCGGAGAAGACUGGCUUGUACUUCAUCGCUUGUCCGACCCUAGACGGUCGUCUCAAGGAGAUCGAAACCUUGCUUCGAACCUGUUACCAUCCUGAAGAAUCCAUCGAAGAUCUCACUAAUCCGUACGUCCUAAUCCUCAAGCCUGAGGGUUCCAUAUCAUGGGAUGGUGCUGUACUCGAAAGAUCUGGUUUCUCACCGCCUCACAUCGACCUCCGUACUGGUUUCAUGCGACUAGUCGCCGAUGGCCCACAAGAAAGACUUGGAGAUGCCAACACCGCCUUCGCUUCAAACAUCAACCUCGAUCUCAACGUCGUGGUGCCGCAACGCGCAAACAUGACACGAGUCAACCAGGAACUUCAGAAGAUCAGACGCACGACUUACAAGCUCAGUAAUACCAUUAUGGACAGUGUUGAGAUUGUGCGCAAGCAGACUGAAGGACUUCAGUGUCAGGAGCUUAUCCAAACGUGUUUCGCGUUCGCUACUGAAUUCGGACAACGUUCAGUGCUUUACAUGGACCCCAAUCGCCGUGCUUACCACAAUCUCAAGAUGACAAGACUUGCGUUAGACUGGGUCAGCUUCGUUGCGGACGACUGUAUUCCUUCAGACCGCAAGACUUUCCGCUGGGCUGUCGUAGCACUUGAAUUUGCCAUGGUCAUGACACGAGGACAGAACAUUCUGUCCAUCAGCAUGACCGAGUACGACAAGCUGCGAGCCAAGGUUGCUGGAUGUAUGUCUUUGUUGAUCAGUCACUUCGAUAUCAUGGGCGCUCGUUCGAACGUUGCUGCCGAAGCAGAGAAACAGCGGCUGGAGAGUAUGGCUGGCAAGCUGCGUCUGGACGUCAGCAAGCUGAAGGAUGAUGACGAGAGCUCCAAACUUGUACAGCAGCAAUGGGUUGAACAGCUCCAACAGAUUGACGAGUUCCGAAAGGAGCGUGAAGCUGAGCGACAAGCACUUGGACGUGUCCUCGAGGACAGUAACGAAGCCGAUCGUGCACUCACAUAUCUUUCCGCUUCGGCAGGAAACGUUGUAUUGCGUUGGCAGCAGGGCCAGUUCGUCGGUGGCGGUACCUUUGGUUCCGUCUAUGCUGCCAUUAACCUCGACAGUGGUCAUCUCAUGGCUGUCAAGGAGAUUCGACUACAAGAUCCCCAGCUCAUCCCGACCAUUGUAUCACAAAUUCGUGACGAGAUGGGAGUUCUACAAGUCCUCGACCAUCCCAACGUUGUCAGUUACUACGGUAUUGAGCCUCAUAGAGACAAGGUUUACAUCUUCAUGGAGUACUGUUCAGGCGGGAGUUUGGCAGGUCUCCUUGAGCAUGGCCGUAUCGAGGAUGAGACUGUCAUCCAAGUAUACGGUCUUCAGAUGUUGGAGGGUCUUGCCUAUCUUCACGAAGCAGGCGUCGUUCACCGCGACAUCAAGCCCGAGAAUAUUCUUCUUGACCACAAUGGUGUAAUCAAAUACGUCGAUUUCGGUGCCGCAAAGGUUAUCGCCAAGCAAGGGAAAACACUCGUGGCCGAUCCGACAGGCCGUGGUGGACGUCAAAACUCCAUGACAGGUACGCCAAUGUACAUGUCUCCCGAAGUCAUCAAGGGCGGCGCACCUGUCAACUCCCGUCACGGCGCCGUCGACAUUUGGUCGCUGGGCUGUGUCAUUCUCGAAAUGGCUACCGGUCGUCGUCCUUGGGCUUCACUCGACAACGAAUGGGCCAUCAUGUACAACAUUGCUCAAGGCAACCCACCUCAGCUCCCCUCGAACGAUCAGCUCUCCGAACUUGGCUUGGAUUUCUUGAACAAGUGCUUUGAACGUGAUCCGGCCAAGAGAUCUUCGGCUGCUGAACUGUUGCAGCAUGAUUGGAUCAUGCAGUUGAGAAAUCAAUUGUCUCUUGAGGNNCCUGGCACGCCGGCGACACCGGCUUCCGAGUCAAGCUUUGGCAGUAUGAGUAGGCAUGAGAGUAUGAAUGGGUCUUAUGGUGGUUGA